AUGGAAGAAUAACUCAUAAAUGUAAUAUUCGAUCCCAAUUUCUAAUCUUUUGAUUAAGAAUUAGCUAAUUUAAGUAUGGAUAAAAUGAUGAGUAUUUAAUUCUCAGAAGAAUUAUUACAAAAGAAUUUUGCAGUUUUAAUAUCUAUAUUAAAACAAUUACAUAAGGGAAUGGUAUUGUUAAAUUCUAAAGUGUAAGAUAAUUCUGAUUGGGUCUAAGUAUAAAAUGAAUUUAUAAUAAGAAAUUAAAAGAAGUUAGUGAAACACCAGAAACUAAAUAGUAAAAUAAAGACACAAUUGAUUAAAUUACUUAAAAAUUAUAGGAAAUAUAAGAAGUGUCUUAAAAGGAUUAUGUAACAAAGGAAGAAUUGGAUUAAACAAAUUAGAAAUUUAGUAAAUAUAAUAUAUAAAUUCCAUUUAGAUAGAAUUGUAAAAUAGUAAGAACAAGCAUUAUAAGAUUUAGAAGGAGAAUAAACAUCUUAAACUAAGAAAAUAGAAGACUUAAAUAAUAAUCAAACAUAAUAAUCUGAAUUGUUAAACUAACUAAAUCAAGAAAUUGAUAAUAUAAAAAAAUAGAUGAAUGGUUUUUAAAAUGAAUUACAUGAAGUAGAAGAAAGAAAACCAGAAUAAAUUAUAAUAGAAAAAGAAAUAAUCAAAGAAGCUGCUCCUAUUCAACCAAUUGCUCUUCCUAUUUAAUAUGCAGGUAAUGAUGAUGAAAUAAAAAAAUUAAAUUAAAUAACUCUUGAAUUAAGUAAAUAUUUACAUUAAAAUUAGAAUAAUAACAAGAAUAAUUGUCAUAAGAAUUAGCUAAUUUAAAGUAAGGAUUAAAUAAUGUUAAAGUUCCUGAAGAAAAUCAACCAGUAGAUUUAUCAGAUAUUAAUAAAAAAUUAGAUGGUCAUGAAGAUGAGAUCUAAUCUUUAUUUGAAAUUGUUGAUAGUGUAAGAUAAAAAUUAAAAGAUUAAAAUAAUAAUUAAUAAUCUGAUGUUUCAAAUGAGGAAAUAAAUUAAAUUAAAAAUGAUAUAAAGAAAUUACAAUCAUAAAUUGAGGCUUUAUAAACAUAAUUAAAUUUAGCUUCUUUUGGUUAAGGUGAAAAUAUGUAAGAGAAUUAAGUUGCUUUAAUAUUAGGAGAAAUUAAUAAAUUAAGAGAUUAAUUAUAAAAUUAUUGUACAAUAACAGACUUUUAAAAUGAGAAUACUAAAAAGGAAAUGAAAAUUAAAGUUGUUUAAGAUCGUGCUGAUGAAGAAUUAGAAAAAGCAAGAAGGGAAUUCAAAAGUAAAAUAGAUAAAAAGGCUGAAUAAGCAGAUAUUGCAAAAUUAGAGAAAGAAAUAAUGUAAUUGAGAGAACAAAUAGGAAAAUCAUAAUAGAGAAAAUCUUAACCUAAUAUUGAAACACCAUUAAAACAAUCAAAUGCAGAUAAAGAGUUACAUAAUUAAAUUAAAGAAUUAUAAUAAUAAUUAAAAGAAAUAGAAAGGUAAAUAAUAUAUAAUAUAUUAGUGAUUUAUUAAUACAUAAAACAUAAAUGAAUUAAAAUAAUCAAGUAACUCAUGUUAAAUUGACUGAAUUAGAGAAAAAGAUUUAAGGAAUAUAAACUGAUAAAAUUUAUAUUGAAUUAUAAAAUUAAAGAGAAUAGAUGGAUUUAAUUAAACGGGAUUAAGAUUAAAAUAAAAUUAAGAUAAAUAAUUUUGCAAAGAAAAUUGAAUCAAUUGUAACUAAAGAUGAAUUAUUUUAAACUUUUGAUCCUAAAAUUAAAUAAGUAAGAGAUGAAAUUUAAAGAAUUGGAGAUGAAACUAAAUUAAGUAUAGAUAGAAAAGCUGAUGCUUAAGAAGUUAAAGAUUUGAAUUAAGCAUUUUUGGAUUAAUUAUAAAAGGUUGUUACUGAAUUAAUUAAAACAUUAGCUAAUAAAUAAGAAACCAAAAAGGCAUUGAUAUAUCUAGAAUAAAAAGUAUUUUAUUAUUAUUAUAUAGAUUAAUUAAAUAUUUAUGAUACUUGAAGGUGAUGGAUCAAAAGAUUAAGAUUCAUUAUUUGUUAAAAAACCUCUAUCUUGGAGUUGUGCAUCAUGUGACAAAGAUUUAGACAAAUAUAAAGGAUAAUUAGGAGAUUUCAAAAAUUGGGCUGUAUUCCCUCCAAAAGAAACAUCACCUGAAAGAAUGGGCAAAGUAUAGUAUAAAUAUUAAAUAUUAGUUUGGAAUUGGUUAUAAGAAUAUGCAAGAAAAAUUAAGAUCUAAUAGAGAAAAAUUAGAUAAAGAUAGAAGUUAAAAUGAAAAAGAAUCCAGUUAAUAAUAAUAAAGCAUGACAUUAAGUCAAAGUUAAACUCAAUUACCAAAAAUUAAAUAAUGA